AGCAUAGUUAAACCAUCAGUAAAUGAGUUAAUUGAGUAUUACAUCAACAGUGGAUUAACAUUAAAGAAUGAUGGUAAAGCAUUUGCACCACUAUUCGACACUUGUAGACAAUAGCUGCUUUUUAUUCAGGUACACGUCUCCUAAGGCCAGUAAGACGUCGAUUUAUUAUUGAUAACGAUGACGUUAAAGGAAACGAAGGGCUUGGAAUAGGCCAUUUCGGUCAAGUUUUCAAAGCACAAUAUAAAAACAUGCCCGUGGCUGUCAAAGUUCUAAACGAAAGAACAGUAGAUAACCGCAAAGAAAAAAACAACUUUAUUAGAGAAGCAUUAAUGUUAUCAAAAUAUGAUCAUAAAAAUAUUGUCAAAUUUAUCGGAAUAGCCGCAAUGAAAGAUCCCAUUAUGAUUGUUAUGGAACUUGUUGAAAAAGGUAGUUUGAGUAAUUAUCUUGAAAAUCCCCAAAACGACCCGAGUCGAAAUCAAUUGAUCAAAUUUUGUCGAGAUAUUGCCCGUGGAAUGGCUUAUCUCGAAGAAAGAAAUGUUAUACAUCGGUAA